GGUAGGAAUCAACGUAGUGAGCCUACGGAUUCGGACUUUCCGUCAGAAUCGACCUGCAAGAACCUGACGUACGAAGCCUACGUACAACCUACGGUGUGUCGACCCACGCACCGAACAACGCACCAAAUCUCUGGAUCUGGUCUCGCAGAUACAAAUCAUCAAAAUGGCAGGACAAAGUGGCAACGAUACCGACCAGGCAAUGACAGAAAAGAAGACACUCGACGCUACCGUCAAGGCGAAGAUAAAAGAAUAUACGAACACGUACGAUUCACGUCUGUUAAGAGCGUUCAAACAAGACUUCAAUAAGUGGACUUUGAAUAACUUUAAUACCGUGUCCGUCACCGAACUCGGGAAACUAGACAAUGAAGCUGAAAAACUCUAUACUCUACUCUCUACAGAAAAAUAUCGCCCAUGGACUAAGGAGGAAGUUAUUCGCCACCUCAGACGAGGCAAUACAAUUGAGUCGAAGGUACUCAAUGAUCAAUUCGAAACAGUGAUCAAUACAUAUAAUCAACCCUCAAACUACGGCACUAAUGAGGCACAAAACCAAACUGGAGAGGGACCCCUCACAAGAUCUCGAAGUCAACAACAAAUCCAAUAUCUUUCACCCCCGGCAACAAGACACGAUACACCACAAGAUCAAAGUCAAUGGGUGCAAAUUGAGCCAGAGCCAUCAAAUGAAGUCCAACAAGCCCCAAAUUUGGCUAUCUUCGCACCGUCAACAUAA